AUGCUAACACUGUCCCUUGCGGCGACUGGUGGCCAACGGGCAGACAAAGAGUCGAGUGGAACAUUUAUUCCCACGGGUGAGGAUGUACGAAAGGAGGUAGAUGAUUUCUGCCCCUUCCCAAAACGGGUAAUGCGCCUGUCGAGCACUUGGCCUCGCUUUGACAGAGACUCCCUCUUUAUUCACUCCCCUCAGCUGCCAGCCAUCCAAGCUGCUCCCCAAGACUCCUCCUCCACACAAUAUCUCUUUCCUCGCCAUAUCUCAACAAGCCAAUACCUCUCCACCACAACCACCACCCAGUGCAGCACUCCGGACACACACUACACACAUCCACUGCACCUGAGAACCCAGAGUUCCCCAAUGUACGACUACCCACACCCAGCCACCCCCGACAUCGACACCUCUUGGAAGUCGCGAUGGGCCUAUUCUGUCUCCGAUGCUCGCUCAGAGCCCAUCCCAAUCGAGCGGCCUGCUCGCCAGAUCCCCCCACCAUCGCUGCCCAGUCCGCCGCCUCAGUCAACUCCUCCCCCUCUCACAGAAAUCGAACCUGGCGUCUGGAUCAAGGAUGGAAACACUCUAUACGCCUCCAACUGGCCUCCCGUGCAGCAGUAUCUUAACGAGGUGCGCGAGCAGCGCUACCUCGUUGAUCCCCCCAGUGAGAUCAUCUUCGCCCUCGCCGCACUCGAUGUCCUCAAGACUCCCAGCGACUCUGCCCACUGGAUCUUUUUCUCUGAUGCACGCCGCAGAGAGACUUUGCACAAUGUAAACAAGAUUGCAUUACAUCAACCCCGUCUUAUUAAACCAUCGUUUCCCUGGCUCGGAAUCGCAGAGAUGAAGCAUACUCUUGUUCCAGCCCAACUUAAAUUCGAGUACACAUUCAUCCGACGCCAGUGGUACCCCAUAGAGGGCGUGGUGGUGGAAACGAAGAAGAGAGCCCUGCGAAGCAGUGGUGAUGUCCCAGAAGUCCAGACACCCGAAGAAUACUUUAAUCUUCUCAAGCCAGAAGAAAUCCCCCGAAAGAAAUCUGCGAAAAGGAAUGCGAAUGCCAAAGCUAAACCGAAGACGACUGCCUCACCCGUCGCGGGUCCCUCUGCCCCAUCUGCCCCAGUUGCAGGUCCAUCCGCCAUCCCUGCCCCAGUUGAGGAACAACCAUCGCCGACUACCUCACUUACAGAGGAGGUUUUACCUGUGGCAGAACAGAUAACAGAUGCCUCCGCUUACGUUUCCCCGCCUAGAUCGAGCACUCGGGCGCGCCGAAAGGUCACUCCUACAUCGCGUUCGCCUCGCACAUUGUCCAUGCCCACAGAAAAGUCUUCCUCAGUCAUCACCGCCAGCCCCGUGGAAGAAUCUGCAACUCCGAUUCCAUCGCCCACACUGACCAUGACAUCUUCAUCCUCAACUCACUCGCGAUCAGCUUCGCAGUCGUCGAUGAAGACACUUGUGGACAGCAAGCGCUCGGUCUCCGUGCUAUCAAGCGACACAGUCGUGGAGACAUCUUCGAGAAAACGCAAAUCCGAAGAUGAUUUGGAAAAAGUGGUUGAAGAGGUUGAGCAAGAGCAGGAAGAGUGCGCGUCGACCGGGACGGAGCGAAUGGUCACCCGGGGCCGGACAUCGAAGAAAGUCCGCACAGUCGAUAUCGAGAAAGAUUCUGCAUCUGCCUCGCCGACCAACAGCCCGCCCCUCGAGCCAGCCGCCAAAAUUCAACGGCGGAGAACAGGAGCAAAGAAAUCCGGGACUUAA